AUUAGUGGUCUUGUCUCCAAAAUAAAAACGUUGUUUAUUUUGACAAUUUUUACCCUCUCAGUUGGCUUGAAAUAUGUGGAAGGUCAAAGCAGAUAUUCUCUUCAUAUCGAAGUUCAAUUCAAUCAUUUCAUAAAGCGGUUUCAAAAGCCGUAUGUCAAUGGAACAGCUAUAUAUCGGGAACGACUUCUUGUGUUUGAGGAAAAUGUGAAGAGACAAGAAAAGCUGAAUUCUCUCAGAACCCACAAUGCAAGUGCCUUCUAUGGUGUGACAAAGUUUUCUGACCUCACACCAGAAGAAUUCAGAGCAAAGUUCCUCAAGUACCGGCCAACUAGCUAUGCUCCGCCCUUUUCCAAGAGUGGCACACGACUUGAAUUCAUGAGUUUGAAGGAGGGAGCAGUUCCCAGAAAAGAUAUCCCACAGAAGUUUGAUUGGAGAGACUAUAAGAAUGUGACACCUGUCAAGAACCAAAAGGACUGUGGGGGAUGCUGGGCAUUCAGUACAGUUGAGACCAUUGAGACAAUGCAUUCCAUCAAAUACGGCAAAUUGAAAGAAUUGUCCGUCCAGCAGAUGAUCGAUUGUGCUGGGAACGGGAACUACGGUUGCAGGGGUGGAGACAUCUGCAGCGCUCUUGCCUGGUUGAUCCAGAGUAAGACGUCACUGGUCACCGAGGAGAAGUACCCUUUAACAGAUGAAUCGAAUUCUUGCAAGAUUUUCCCCAAUGGUACUAAGGGAGUGGAGAUAAAAAGCUACACUUGUAAAAGCUAUGUGGACCAGGAAACAGAGAUGCUGAGCCUAAUUGUCAACCACGGCCCGCUUGAUGUCAGCGUGGAUGCCACCACUUGGAGCGACUACCAGGGAGGAGUCAUAAUGUACCACUGCCCUGAUCAUAACAAUCAUGCUGCCGUAAUUGUGGGAUAUGAUUUGACGGGUGAUGUGCCGUACUACAUCGUCCGUAAUUCUUGGGGUGAAGAUUUCGGCGAUAAAGGAUACAUAAAGAUAAAGUACACUGGAAAUCUCUGCGGUAUUGCAGAACAUGUGGCAACUGUGACCUUGUAGUCGAGUAACAUACGACCUUCACCUCCGACUGUGACUUCUCCAAAUGACCUUGUCCUUUCCAAAUAGUAUUGACCUUCCAAAAGGCCUUGACCAGAAAGUUUGUGAUAUGUCUAUUCAAGAAAAGAUGAGAACUUAUGGAAUAAUCUUGGUAAAACUGAAUUGUCUUGACAUUAUUUUUACAUUUAAAAUCAAAAUGUGCUAGAAUCCAGUUUGUUGGGGUUUUUGGAAUUUCCCUAUUUGUGGGAAGGCAGAAAUACCAAUAAUUUGGCAAUACUACUGACUUUUGUAAUUGCCAUUUUGUGUUCACCGCCCAUAUACUUAACAGUGGUAAAUAAGCAACAAGAUUUUCUGGAACCUUGAUGAUAGUUAUUUUUGUGAAUUGCAAAAUGUUUGGUGCUACCUUUUGUAAUAAUUCAAUCAUGUUAAUAUUUUUGUAGGGUUAAUCUAUAUACCCAGAGGAUUUAGUUAUUUAGUUGUUGAUAGAGUAAUGAUUGGCUAUGAGCUAAAAGUACUUAUGAUAGAGCAGUUUAGAAUCAAGAUUGACUCGAUUACUAUUUUUUAGCUCCUCAGUCAUGUGAAAAAACAGUAUAAAAUACUAAGAUGUUACGAUGCACAACUGCUUUUGAUAAAACUAAUAUUUAUGUGGUUAAAAAUAAACCAGUUUCCUUAAGUGUUCAGGUGUGAUUAUUUUUGUAAGAUUUUUGGAUCGAAUUAUUUAUAGAUAGAUUUCUGUGUCAAUUUUGAGAUGUAAAUUAUUUUUGUGAAUUUAUUGUUUAAAGCUUGUUCAUAUUUUCAUUUCCGUCUAUCAUUUAUUGAUCGAACGUUUCUGAAUCCAGCAGUAUUUGACAGGAAACCCGAUAAAGAUUAAAAUGUUGAAUGAUAACCUUUAUCGUAGUUGAUAUCAGACUAUAAACCCUAAAAUUUCAACUUUAAAACCUUAAACUUUAAUGUGAAUAUUGCAUUAGUCAAUAUGGAUGGAUACUUACAAGCAAUGGACUUUAAAAGUUGUGUAUGGUUGGCUUUAGUCAAAUUUACUUUGACUUAGGUGUAAUAUGCCGAUUUCGAUGCUCUUAAGAUGACUGUAACUGCAUUUCGCUGAUAUUCUUUCAGUUGAAAAGUAUUGACUUUUGACCUUCCGAGCAAAGCCUAUCACAACUUUGGAACUUGAUUGUGGACACAAUAUACUUGCUUUGCCAGUAGUUUAAUAUGUCAUCCUUUGUAAAAUAAUAUUUUUCAGAGAAUUUCAGGGUAUUUUGUUUUCUUUGGAGAUGUAUUUUUGAAAUGUGAUUGUGUACAUCAGUGUGACUGUGAUUGUGAUGUAGAAAUCAAAUUGUAUAUCAUACAGACAACAGAAAAAAACAUACCAAUUUGCAUAGAAAAA